AUGGUGUUGCUAGGGCGAUUUUAUAAAAGUUUGGGUUAUGAGACUUUUGGUUACUGGGAUUAUAUGCCCAUUGAGGAGCAUCAGGGUUUGACCAUGGCCCCUAUUGUAGACGAGAAUGUGUUAGGAAAUUUCAAAAUGAUGGCUAGGGCACACAAAUUUCAUGAAAUUGAAGUUCUAUACGUAGAGCACAAGACUAAAAUUGUGCCAAUGAAUUUCCCCAACUACUUGAUGAACUCACCAUCGAUGAUGAUAGAAAAGCUUAUCGAUCUUUUGGUCACAGAAGACCCAAGGGCAACAGUUGAUGAUGGAUUUGCAUACAUCAAGCAAAUGCUGAACAUGACAAUUCCAUGA